AUGAACUAUAAUGAUAACUAUCAAAACAAAGAGAACAUAUUUCAACAACAACAACAACAACAACAACAAUCACUUCAAUUACCAUUUGGAUGUUUUAGUAAUCUUGCACAAAUAGGUGAUCCUGUUCAUGAAUUACCAUUGCCUUGCUAUAGAAAUGAGAGAUCCGUAUCUAUGCAACUACAAGAUACUCUUGUUUUAAAUAAUACAUUGGAGUUAUUAAAUCAACAACAACAACAACAACAACAACAACAACAACAACAACAACAACAACAACAACAACAACAACAACAUAUAAAUAAUAAUGAUAUAUUUAAAGAUAUAAAUAAUAGAUUAGCUCAAACAAAUGUUAAUUAUCUAUCAAUGAAGAAUGAUUGUUUUAAUAAUAAUAUAAAUAAUAAUCAAGAUAAUGGCUAUUAUUUUAUAAAACCAACACCUAUUUUAAAUAAUAUAUUACAACAAUUACCAUCGAUAACAUUACAACAACAUCAAUAUCAAGAACAGAUGUUAAUGAAACAAUUACAAUUUCAACAACAACAACAACAACAACAACAAGAUAAUUUUAGAACAAUAAAUAUUCAUCAACAACAACAACAACAGCAACAACAACAUGCACAACAAACAGGUCAACCAUUCUAUCAAUACAAUAUUGGUAGUGAACCAAUGUUGACAAUUCCACAUAAUCCUUCAAAUGUAUUUGUAUUAAACGAUAAUAAAUUCAUACAAAAUACAUAUCAACAACAACAACAACAGCAACAACAAUAUAUUCCACAACCAAACUAUCAAUUUGAAUCGUAUUUAAAUGGAACAAAUGGAGUUAAUGGUAAUAAUAAUAAUACUGCAACAACAACUACAACAACAAAGAAAGUAGCAACUACAACGACAAAGAAACCAAGAGUAUCAAAAGCACAAAAGGAAAAGGAAAUGGAAAAAGAAAAGGAUAAAUAUAUUGAAUCUGCUCAGACACCUUUGGAUCAACAUAUUCAAGAUCAACUGGAUCAAAUCAUUCACAACAAGGUGGUACAGGUCGUUCCAAUCGAGAAGUUUCAACAGUCAGUUCAACAGUUUAUCGACGAUGCCAAAGUGGUCGGUCAUGUGAGCGCUGCCAUAAAGUCUGUCGGUAGUAUAGACCUGUUGCUCCAGACGGUGUCGACACUGCGCUCCGACCUGGCAUCGAUGAUUCUAAACAUACCGAUGGUUGGUCUUUCGUUGUGUGAGCUUAUCGACGAUGAACUGAUAGAGUUGGUAUCAUUCUUCAAGACGCAAUACACAGAGAAUGUACUCGGUCAUUUAGAUCCAUCUUUUAAGACAAGAUUCAACACAACAGUGACAGCCAUAAAUGAGAAUGAAGCAAACUCUAAAUCAAAGUCAAAAAAGAAACAAACAAAGAAGAAAGAUAGUGGUGUCGGCAGUCAGGAGGAAGAUAAUGAUGCCGAUGCAGAGGAGGAUGAUGAAGAUGACAGUGAAUUUGAUUCCGACGAUUCAGAUGAUUCCGACGAUGAUUCUGAUGUUGAUAACUCUGAAUCAGAGGACAAAUCAUCAUCAUCAUCAACAAAGAAGAAAAAGAAAAAACAAAAGACGUCAUCAACCACCUCAGCCAAAAGAUCAUCUGUAUCCAAAUCAAAAUCAAAAUCCUCAUCUUUAAAGUUUAAAAAACGUGGACAUAACUAUUAUCUUUAUACUUGUAAUAAAGUGACAGAGAUAUUCAAUGGUUUGGCACAGUUGGUAUCGAUAUAUACACCACCCGAUCCAUUCCCAACGAUGUUGGUGGAUAUAGCUAUUCCAUCGUUGUUUAUCGGUGGCAUUAGUUUCAUUCAGUUGAGUGCAAUCGAGUUGCUGCGAUCAACCUAUAGCCGAUAUCCAGCGAUACAGGAAUCGAUCUUUGAGCAGACACUCUCGAACCUCUCAAAGACACCGGCUCUCAAGAAGAAUUUGAGAACCUACAAACUCAAGGAUAGCCGUUCCAUCCAGAAUGUAACAGCGCUAUUCUUACAACUCAUUCAAAGUUCACCUUCACUUCCAGAGCUGAACAACAAAUCAACAACAUUCUCGACAACUUCGACUACACUACCAAUGAAGUUGGCUCAUGAUAAUGCUUCGAUGGUUGUUCUCUACUUUAUCAACAAAUGUUCGACAAAGAGUGAGGAUUGUGAAUAUCGUACGUUGCUCGAUAACUUCUUGGCUGAUUUGUUGGUGCUUGUCAAUAAUCCAGAGUGGCCAGCUGCCAAUAUGUUGUUGCACUUACUCUCGGUUUCAUUGUGUAGAAUCCUUGGUGGAGGUGCUGGUGCUGGUGACAAGGAUAAGAACAAGUCUGGCAGUUCCGACAUUCUCAAGAUGAUGGCUAUUGAUUUACUAGGUCAAAUCAUUACCAAACUGAAACAAGAGUGUAUGGCAUCUGCUGAGGAGCUAUCGAGUCUACCACUUCACUUUAGCGAUCUACUAUCGCUCAUGACCAUCUCACAAGAAACUACAACAUCAACAACAGCAGCAGGAACAACAGGAACGUUAUCAUCAUCAUCAACAUCAUCAUCGACAGCUCAAACAUCAUUGUCACCCGAACGUGUUAAUCAUAAAGAUGAGAAUAUCGAAUCGUUGAUUACCACCGACUUGGAACUGGCAGAGGAAUUCGAAAAGAAAUAUGGUGAUAGACUUAAGAGUAAUAAUAUCAACAAUCAACAACAACAACCAACUCUUUCAAUCACUUCCACUUCCACCUUGAUUGAGAAUAGUAAUCUACCUGUUUGUCAAUGUGGAAAGUUCAAGAUUGGAUCGUUCACUACCAAGUGCACUCAGUGCAACCAACUCUUCCACGAUCUGUGUGCACCUGACUACAGUCUUGACCAACAACAUCAGCAAUUAGAUUGGCAAUGUAUUUCCUGUAGAAUAUUGAAUCAAGUGAAUGAUUAUCAACCACCAAUUUCAUCGACACCAACAACAACAACAACAACAAAUAGCAGCAGCAACAGCACUUCCACUUCUUCAAAAUCAACAAAAUCAAAAUUACCAUUCUCGAAAAGAAAGAAAAUGAAUACAAUUCCAGAGGAUGAUAAUGCUGAUAAUGAAGAUGUACAAGAUAGUUUUAAUAUUCUAAAAACAACUAGCAGUACCAGUAGUAGUAGCAAGGAAGAAAGACCUAAAAACUCGAAAUUGGCAAGAGCCAAAGCAAUGAAGUCGUUCUCUACCAUUGUCGAAGUUGAUCCUUCUGUUCUAGCCGAUGAAUUCGUUCACACCUCCAUCAAGAAUCGUUUCUCUGACGACUCUAUUGCUGUGCGUGAACACACCGUCGACCUCAUCGGAAAGUACAUCCUGCUGAAACCGGAUUUGACAUGGCGAUACGUCGAUCUCAUCUGUGAGUUGAUUGGCGACAAGGGAAUCAGUGUGAGGAAGCGUGUCGUCAAGACGCUACACGACGUCUGUCUCUCACAGAUUCAACACCCAAAGAUACCGCAACUCUGCAAGGUUCUAGUGAGUAGAAUCAACGACGACGAAUCGAUUCGAGAGCUGGUCAUAAACACUUUCAAAGACCUCUGGUUUGGCGAACACGAACAAACAAUCAUGCAAAAAUCGAAACAGAUUGUCGAAGUUGUUAAGCAACUCAAUCAAGACGAAUGGUUCGUCGGACUCAUUCAUAAACUGACAGACAAAGGCAAACCAUCGAAACGUGCAACCAAGCAACAAAAGAGUGCAGAAUCAAUCGGAGAAACUUGCCAGCAAAUCUGCUCCUAUCUCAUCGACAUGUUGAUCUCAUUCGACGAGAAGCGACGAACCAAAGAAUUCCCUGAAUUCCUUGCAAUCUUCAAGUGUCUACGAAUCUUUUGUAAGAUAGAUCCAACUUUUUUGACAACCUACGUCAAGGUUUUACAUCCAUACAUUAAAUUAUCAACCAAAACAAUUCCAAUGAUUGAGAAUAUCGAUAAACAAUUCUUGGCAGUGUUGGAAAAGGAUUUGCUUACUUUGAUAUUGACCCAGGGUUCGGUUUUGGUUCAUCAAUGUAUCAAGUGUUUGAGUAUCAUCAUCGAGAGUACCAGUCAUAACUAUCGGCUGUUGGAGGAACAGCUCUGUAGACACCUUCUUCUGCUCCAAUCAUGCAGUAGCCGAACGAAAUCCGAAAUUCUUCGAUCGCUCUAUGUCACCGGAUUGUUGGUGCGUUACUAUCACUUUGAGAAGCGUCCGUUCACCAUUGAUGUACCGGCAUCUCUCAAACUGCAGCAGCCGCAACAACCAAACAAAUCAAUCAUCUCAGACAUCACUGCAAUCCUCACCAAACUCUUUUUGUACACCAAGGAUAAAGAUGUUAUUUCGACAUCGUUGGAAUCGAUUGGAAACAUCAUUAUAUCGUCACCACCGAUUUUAAAUCAAGAUUCUAUACGUGGAAUCAUAGCGAAAUCACUGACGUUGGAGACAAAGAUAAAAGAGACCAUUUUGAAAGUCUAUCUCAAGCUGUUGAAGAAAGAAGCGAAAACUCUCCAAAAGAAGAACCCGGUCACCAAAGCAGAAGACAACCAACAAAAGUCAGAGUCUGAAGAGAGUGCAACCGAUCACUCUGGUGUAAGUGAGAAUGAUGACGAUGAUCAAGAUGACGAUGACAGCGAUAAGAAAAAGAAAAAAAAGAGAGGACCUAUUAUUUCUAUGAAUGUUGAUAUUAAUGGAGAAUCAUUAGUAUCAUCAAUUCAGAAAUUCUUUUCAACUUUUUGUAAAUUAUUGGUAGAUUCCGAGCAAUCAGUCAGAUUCUUUACGGUUUCAACUGUAGAGUUAAUUGUAAAACAAGGAAUAAUCAAUCCACUUGAAGCAGUUCCUGAGAUCAUUACAUUGAUUACCGAUACCAGUCCUGAGAUUUCAGAGGUAGCCUAUAGAGUAUUGGAAUUCAUCAAUCAAAAACAUUCUUCAACUCUAUUCAAACGUGUUAUUGAAAGUAUUAGAUUAUGCUACAGAUUCCAUUUAGGUUUAGGAACCAAAUCACCUUAUAAUAGUGUAUCUAAAGGAUUAUCGAAAUUCUAUUUACUCUUUAGAAAUCUAAAACAAUCGAGAACAACGUUUAUCAAUCAUAUAAUGUCACAGUUUGAAAAUACCAAUAAGACCUAUAGAUAUAAGAAUUUGGAGUACUGUCGAUUCCUCGUGGAGAUACUCGCGUCGCUGCCCUAUUCCAAUAUGGAUGAGAUCUUUGAGAUUGUCGUUGCCAUAGAUAAGAUCGUUUCACUCCAGGGCAGUUCGUGUAUGGCCGAAAUUCAGUCGUCGAUGUCCAAACGAAAGAAGACUGGCGACGAUGACUCUGCAGAGUUGGAUGAAACUAUCAAAUCGCUGUUCCUGGCAUCAUUGAUUGUCACUCUGCUCGUGGAACUGAAACGCUAUCUCAUUAAGACCUACGAUAUCACAAAGGAACGUGCCAAAGCCUACUUGGAGGACGGAAAGAAUUCCGAUAAACUACAAAUCACACUCCCAGAGACACAGACAUUCACCAAGAGUAACUAUCCAUUCACUGUGUUACCAACCGAAGAAGAGCUAUCACAAGACGAUAUUCAAAAGAGAGUGUUCCUCUCAUUCAAAUUACUAUUGAAAGAUGACAAUGUCGAUUACUCAACCAUUACAACCAACAAUGCUAAUGAAAAGAAAAAGGCAGCAGCUACCAAGAAGCUCUUUUAA